GCGAGCACGCACACAACAUACCGUAUGCACCUGCUGUGACGCUCUGACUCUGACAUUAUUAUUGUUGAGAGAUUGUACAAGUAAAGAGUGCGUCUUUAACGAGAGGCGUAGCUAUUCUCUUGUGCUCCCUGGAGGGCAAGUUCCGCUUCCUGCUAAUAAAAACAUCGCACUUGUGAGCAUAUCACAUCAACUGUGGACUGCAGAACAGAAAAGCAUGAAAUGCAAGCAAGAAGGCAUGGAAUUAUGUGGAUAUGAAAGCGCAAUUUGAAGCUUCAGGGUAUGAUGAAAAUAUCUGUAUGCACAAGUCAGGAAGGUGAAUGACAGAAGGUAUUUUCUUCCACAUCCAAAACACCUCCAGUAUGUCGGAGAGAGGGGGUAUCCCGCGGACUGGGGGCACACCAUCUCCACAUAUGCAGCCGUACAAGACCGUCACGAUCGUCCCGAACCGUCCGGUUCAAAUGAACCUGUAUGCGACCUGGGAAAUUGAUCGCUCAUCUCCAAGCUGUGUGCCCAGUGAAAAACUAUAUUUGGAGGACCAUGGUUAUGAAGAAUCAGCAUCAGGAAGUGCAAGAUCAUGACUGACCAGGAUGUAAAGCCUCCAAAUCAACAUAUCCCUGAGCAGUUGGGGACACAGACAGGGUGCCAUAGACAGCUGCUCCUAAACCCCACAGGAAAACAACAUGCUGUCAGAAUAAAUAAUUGUCCAGCACAGUAUAUACUUAGAGGCAAGAGAUUGGCUAACACUUUUAUGCCGAUAUACAUACGCCUACGGACCGUUGCUAAUCGGCUCUUCACAGUUACUCUGAAGAAGCUGGUGAUGCUUCAGGAGCUGGACAGAGACCUAACCUCUGUUGUCAUCGCAGUCAAACUCCAGGGAUCAAAGCGCAUUUUACGGUCCAAUGAAAUCCUGUUGUCAUCGCCUGGACUUACCGAGACCGAUCUUCAGCUAACGUUCUCCUUGCAAUAUCCACAUUUUCUGAAGCGAGAUGCCAACAGACUGCAGAUCAUGCUGCAGAGGAGGAAGAGGUACAAGAACCGCACCAUUCUGGGCUAUAAGACCCUGGCACUGGGCCUUAUCAACAUGGCAGAGGUGAUGCAGCACCCCAGUGAGGGGGCCCGUGUGUUGGGUCUCCACACCACAGUGAAGGACACGGCUGUGCCUGUGGCCGAGAUGAGGGUCUACUCGCUCUCCAGCCAGCCCAUCGACCACGAGAUGUCCAAGGCCAAGAUGUCUGACCGCUCCCCUGACAUUGACAACUACUCGGAGGAAGACGAGGAGAGCUAUUCAUCAGAGCAGGAUGGGAGUGAUGACCCUGCUCACAGCCAGUAUCUGUUUGACGAAGAGGAUGACAUGAGGAAGAAGAAGCACAGACACAAACUCACCUCUACAGCCUCCAUCACCAGAGCUCAUCCCAACAUCAAGCAGAAGUUUGUGGCCUUGUUGAAGAGGUUUAAGGUGUCUGAUGAGGUGGACUUUGGCCUGGAGCACGUGUCCCAGGAGCACAUCCGUGACGUGGAGGAGGACCUGGAUGAGCUCUAUGACAGUCUGGAGAUGUACAACCCCAAUGACAGCGGGCCAGAGAUGGAGGAGACGGACAGUGUCCUCAGCACACCCAAACCCAAACUCAGGCCCUUCUUUGAGGGCAUGUCCCAGUCCAGCUCGCAGACCGAGUUUGGCAGUCUGAACAGCAGGUGCAGUCUGCCCAGAGACACCCUGAGCCCACAAGGUGAGCAGCCUCCGUCAGGCAAGAUGAAACGCUCUCGCUCCCGCAACUUGGACGACUCUGAGACAGACACCCUGGUGCUGACUGAUCCGGAGAUGUUUCUGGACACUACCCCCUGCAUCACUGUCUCUGUCCCAGAGCAGCUACCCAGGACCCCAAUGAGGGAACUGAGGAGCAGCAAGAGUGAGAGCCACACCAGCAUGCCCUACACCACCAUGCCCUCCCCCAGGUUGGAUGGCGGGCACACACCCAGGCAGAGACGUGGGACACCAAUGAAGGAGAGGCGAGCGCUGUCCAAGCCACUAAGCGAACGUACCAACAGCUCUGACAGUGAAAGGUCACCGGAGCUCAGCCACACCCCACAGGUGCCCAGGAAGGCUGUGUAUGACCAGCUGAAUCAGAUCUUCUCCUCAGACACUACCCUCCCGGACAGCCUGGUCCUGGUCAACACCAGUGAUUGGCAGGGACAGUAUGUGUCCGAGGUGCUGCUGGCUCAAAAACAGCCGUUAGUGUGUACCUGCUGUGGGGUGGAGAUUCAGGCUGUCCUCACCACCCUUCUCACGCGCAUCCAAAAGUUCUGUAACUGUAACUCGUCCACGCCGCCGCCCGUCAAGGUGGUGGUGGCAGGGGGACAGAGCUACCUGGGGGCCAUCCUGCACUUCUUUGUCAAUCAGCUGGCCAACAAAACAUCUGAUUGGCUCAGCCUAAUCCGCUUCCUGGUGGUCCCCCUGGGUGAGAGAGAGACCGGUUCAGGCUGUCACCCUGUCGCUAAGCACCUAGCCUCCCUGGACCCUCGCUACAGCUCUGUGUUCCUGGACAAUGCCUGGAGAGACCUGUUCAGUCGCCUGGAGCCCCCUCACUCUACGGCUCCAGCUGCAGACGGCGUGGACGUGGCUGGGAGGAUCAGCCAGUACAUCAGCAGUGUCUCUGUCACACACCAGUUGCCUAUCGCUGAGGCCAUGCUCACCUGCAAGUACAAGACAUAUGACGAAGACUCUUACCAGAAAUUUGUUCCCUUUGUUGGGGUGGUGAAAGUAGGGUUGAUUGAACCGAAUCCGGCGUAUUCAGGUGGAGACUCUGAGGAGGCUGUUAGUGUUAGCUUGGCUGUUCCCUCCACCUCCCCACCCGCCCAUGGAUCUCCCACAGGGAUGACCAGAGAGGCUGUCACCCCACCUCCGUCUCCCUCCCUGAGUAGCGGUCUGGGGAGCCCUAAUAUGUCCCAUGGGGUGGACACCAUUGGGCUGACGGUGGAUUAUUGGGUAGCGACAUGCUCAGAGCGGAAGAAGGACGGGGAGCGGUGUGACAAGGGCUCCAAGAACACCCUGAAGAGUGCCUUCCGUUCCCUGCAGGUCAGCAGGCUGCCAGGAGGGGGCUCCACUGAGAACCAGCCCCAGGCCAACACCAUGGCUAUGACUGUGGUCACCAAGGAGAAGAACAAGAAAGUCUCCACCAUAUUCCUGGGGAAGAAGCCCAAAGAGAGGGAUGUGGACUCUAAAAGCCAGGUGGUUGAGGGCAUCACCAGACUCAUCUGUUCUACCAAGCAGCAGCAGACCAGCCUAAAAGUGUCUGUGGAUGGCGUGGAGUGGACUGAUGUGAAGUUCUUCCAGCUGGCUGCCCAGUGGCCCACCCAUGUGAAGUACCUGCCAGUGGGGCUGUUUGGCUACAACAAGACCGCCACCUAGAGGCCAACCCAGACAUAGUCACUCACUCUAUGCUUCCUGGGCACCAAGGUUAUUAUAGUUGUUUUUCUAUUUGUUUUUUUAAUUUUUGUUUGAAGUUCAAUUUGCUAGUUUUCAGACCAAAUUUACUAUUUUUUAUUUAGUUUGAGUUUUAUAAAAACUAUUUUCAUUUUUGAUAUGAUUUAUUUUCAGUUUUAGUGUUAGGGACAGAAAGUACCAGAUUUCUUCCUUGGUCGUUAGUGAUAAACAAGCUAGGCCUAUUCGAAACCUCACUAUCUCCAAGCAUUACUUACCUGCCAAGUUCAGAAGCUUGAAAACCCUCAUUUCAUUGUUGUCCAAAGUUUAGAAGAUUAAAAAAACUCAAACUGAACAUUUGAUGAUUUCUGUUGGAGUCAAAUAUCGUUUUAGUUUUUCAAA